GAUCAAGAAAAGGCCCAAAGCAACUGCUUACCGACCUGGAGGCACUGCUGUCGGGCCCGAAGCUGCUGCUCAUUUUCCUGAUGUGUCUGUCCAGCCUGAAACUGCUGCCGCCGCCCGGCCUGCUGCUGCUGCUGCCGCCGCCGCCCGGCCUGCUGCUGCUGCCGCCGCCGCCCGGCCUGCUGCAAAAAAGCAUACAUCUGGGCAUAAAAACUCUGCUGGCCAUUCCAAAGAAACAGAGGUCACUCGGCCUGAAGAUGUUGCUACUGCUGCUGUCCAGCCUGCUCCUACUGUCCGGCCUGCUACUGCUGCUGUGAAGGCAAAGAAGCCAACAUCGAGGCACAAAACCUCUGCUGGCCAUCCAAAAACCCCGGAAGUCACUAAGUCCUGCACAGUCCUGCUGAUCCAGAUAUGUCCCCUUCAUAUGUCCCCUUCGACAUCCACGGCUUUUGACCUUCCGAUGGCAUCUCACCCGAAGGACGCAGAAGUGGGUCUAGAGGGCUGGGUGCGUUUGUGGGAGAACCCUGGUGGCAUCCCAUCUGCCGACAUAUCCUGGUUGAAAGAGGGCUGUUUACCCCCGUUCAGACAUACAAGGACAUCAGAGGUCAGAUCAAGUGAUGAAGUCUGACCGGAUGUGGAUUUAUCCCCCGGGACCUCCUGGCUUUGUCGGGGCGGUCUGCCUACUCCGCAACCAUUUUUUAGGAGCCGGGUCUUUGUGUGGCGCCCCGUUGGAGUGUGGAGGUACUCGCUCAAGUGUCCGCGGGGAGAUAACUGUGUCGGCAGUGGGAGAAAUGUGCACCUCUCCAAGUCUGACUACCACUCAAAGGUACGUCUCAUCUUUGAUGUGUCCGGCUGGUACACGGUGAUCACAGAGGUGCUGUCCCGCGGACCCUGUACAAAGGCAGCCAGUAGCAAAGAGGGUGUCUCAGUGGGCCGGUGGCUUGCGUGGGAUAACGCCAUCCUAUCCCAGCUCAGCGAGGCUCACCAAGCCAUCUUUCCUGCCGUCCUUACCACCAUGCGUGGCGUAGACAGGAAUGUCGUGCACCUUCUGAGGGACAGGACCGAAGGGAACACAAUGGAGAAGGUGUGGCAGCAGGUACAGGAGAAUCACCUCCAUCACAAGGACCUGUAAACCACACUCCUCGUGACCAUAGCUGCACCCGGAGGGAUUGUCUCUGCAAUGAGGCAGACAUUCCAGGCUCCACCUGCCCAAAAACAGCUCCCCACAGCGCGGCUCUUGCGCCAUGCCUUCCUGCUGGCAGAGGCGAACAAUGUGCAGGAUUACCGGAGCCAGAUCCUCUCCACUUUUGGCACCGUCAUGAAGAUGGAUUCCACCAAGAAAGUGGUGAAGAAGCUGUCUGGGCAGGGACGUGGCUCGGCCGAGUGGUUUACCAGCAUCGGCAACGAGUACUCCCAGAUUGUUUCUUUUGUGCUGACUUGUGAGGAGUCUGCACAGAAGCUGCAACCCAUGUGCCGUGGAGUCAUGGACAGGUUCCAGCUGGCCUAUCAACCGGUCCCUAAGAUCCUGUACAUUGACCGCGGGUGUUGUCGUGAUCAGGGCCCUACCGCCGCAGAGACAAUGUUCCAGGAGUGGUUCGACGGUGCUAUGGUUGUGCGUCUGGACAUCUUUCACUGGAUCCACCGGUUUGACGCAGCCGUACGCACAGACUCGCACAGCAAAUACGGCGUGUUCAAGUCUGCACUAGCCGGGGCAGUGUUGGCCUACAACCGCACCGAUCUCGAGCUGCUGAUCAAGGCCAUCAGAGCAAAGGACCCGGACACAUUCAAGUCUGUGUUGGAACAGGAUGUCGUCCGCCUGUACGUCACCAGAGGUCAGCUGCAACACCACGUGCGGAGGGUCACACUCGGAGCUCAGGAAACGUUCCGGCUCAUCCACCUGGCCAUCGAGGAGCUGAAGGGCUUGGCUGGACCAGAGUGGAGAGCCAUUAAUGAGAUGUGGGUAGGGCAGCAGAGACACCUGGAGUGCAUCCAGGAUCCACCAGGGAUGAAUAUGUAUAGGGUGGCCCGUACCACAACUAUCAACGGUGUGGACCUGCCCUACUACAAAAGUCUGCGUGGAUGCAACAGCCUGGAAUUAAAAGCAAAUGAAUCCUCUUGAAAUAGAACAUGUCAAAUAGGAGAACAUUAAACAUUUCAAUUGGCCUAUGCAUACAAAUAUGGUACGCUUCAAAAUUGUUCUACGUGUUAUUCUAGGUUGCAGAUAAGCAUUUCCCAAGCUCAGUAAUAACCAAAAUAUCUAAGCUGAUCUGCAGAUGUCACGCCUGCCCAUCUCUUUUCUUUUUUGUUGUAUCUAAUGAUGGAUUUGGUGUAAACAAUAAAACACUAACAUUUACACAACAAUAAAAGCUUUCCGUUACUCUGCGGCCCUCCUCUGCUCAGGUCCCCAUUGUGCAGCACGGCCAUAUCAGGUUUAUCUGAUAAGUGCCAUCGCACGGUGGAACUGUGACAGGAGCACCGACGCAGUGUUUGGUGGCAAGGGACGGCGUCACAGGACAUACUCGGCGCCUCUCAUCCACCGCCUCAACACCCGCUGUUUGGAGAGACUGGAGGAGAAUUUCCGGGCCCCCGCUGAGGUGGAUUCCCACGAGCUGCUGGGGUUGGAGUACCUCUUCAGCCAGAGCACCUGCGUGCGACCAACCAGCUAGCGAUGCUCUCCAAGACGACUUCCGUUUCCUCUGCCCACUUGCCUCAAGCGCCACACCAGCCAGCAGUCCUCCCUCCACCAGACUCCCCGCUGAUGCAGUACGUGCCGACACCCAGCACGGCAGGGACCAAGUCGUUGAAGGGAAGGAGGGACAUGAUCGCGCCUCUCUCACACCCUCAGACAUCACUGCCACCUGUGUCACUGCCACAGCCCCCAGACCUUUGCCCUCCCCCUCUCCAUCCACAGCAACCCGGGCGAUUGCUGGCCCCUCCACGAGGCCCAUCGUGCCUGCCAUUGCUGGACAUCCCAUACUGCCUGCCACCAGUACCAUCGCCAGACCUGUGCCCUCCCUUUUCCCUGGCCCCAUCCUGUCUGCCAGUCAGCCAACCCCAGCCAUUGCUGGCCCCUCCUCAAUGCCCUUACUGCCUGCCAUUCAGGCAACCCCGUCUGCUGAUGUGUCUGUCCCCCCUACUCUCGAGUGCAUUCCCUCAUCCUGGGCAAGGUCCACGCUGUACAAGCGCAAGGGGAUGGACGAGCCCUUGGGAGUAGGAGCCAAAGUGUCCCGGGUUCAAAAGCUGCCGACGUGCACGUGCUGUGGCCAACCAACCCACCCAGGGGCACAAAAAGUACAGGCGCAAAGUCUUCUGCCCUGUGAAGAGGAUGUCUCCAUCAAAGGGUCUGGAGAACACAGUCUACAACAGUUACCAACAUUUUACAGCUGUUGUUGACGUGUUGGAGCAAUGACCUGUUGCUAUGUAAAUAUUGUAAAUAGUCAUUUAAAUGUUUUUCAACUUGCUGUGUUAUCAUUUUUAUUUUUCAUGUUGAGUUUUAUAUUUAUUAUGUAUAUUGUAAAUAUAUGUACGUCAUUAAUGUAAAUAGUUUUAUGUACAUUACACGCUUUUAUCCAAAGCGACUUACAUACUCAAUCCUGUGGGCAAUCCCCACAGGAGCAAUUUGGGGUGAAGUUUAUUUUUCAUGUCGACUUUUAUAUUUGAUGUAUAUUGUAAAUAGUUUUCAUUCAUAUGUACGUCAUUAAUGUAAAAGGUGUAAAUACUUUUUAUGUACAUUACAUGUUACUUGUUAGACGCUUUUAUCCAAAGCGACUUACAUACUCAAUACUGUGGGGUGAAGUGUCUUGCCCAGGGACACAACGACAUGCUGACUAGAUCAGGGGAGCACAGGUUCAAACCCCACUGCAAACACCAACGCACUGUGCCACAGCCUCCCUGUACAUAAUUGUACAUCUAAUUUGUAUCCACUUCAGCUUUUUUACCUGUGUUUACCUUAGUUUAUGUUGCUGUUGCCAUCCUUUAUACUGAAUCAAUGAAGGUGAAUGGUUGCUCAGAAAAGGUCCUAAAGAAUCCAACUGGGUUCAAUAGCUGUAUCAUUCCUGUUCUUCUUCUGCAGUGGAGUGAGAUCUCGUUGUCGUUGACUUGCAUAACAACAAAUGUUAGUUUACAAGAAGUCAUUGAUACCCUAACAUUUGAUUCAUACUAGCUGAUAACAAAUAAAUCCUGGGAUCUACAAAAAUGAA